AUGAUCAAAAUUGAAACAGGGCGCGGGGGGAACUCGGGGCCGGGGCCUUUCCCCGGCGCGGGCCGCCCCGGCGCGGGGCGGCCCGGGCCGUCCCGGGCCCCCGGGGCCGGGCCGGCCCCGGGUCGGGGCCGGCCCCGCUCGGCCGGCCCCGGGGCGGGGGGCCGGCCCCCCGGGGCCGCCCCGGGCUGGGGGCCGGGCCCCCGCGGGCCGGCCCCGGGCUGGGGCCGCCCCGGGCGCGGGGCCGGCCCGGGGUCGGGCCCCCCGCCGGCCCGCCCCGGGGCUCGGGGCCCCCCGGGCUGGGGGCCCGGCCCCGGGGUCCCGGCCCCGGGGUUUUUGGGGGGGGCCGGGGCCGGCCCCGGGGGGGGCCGGGGGGGGGGGCCCCCCCUCCCGCCCCGUUGGGGGCCGGCCCCGGGCGGGGGCCCCCCCGGGCCCCGGGGGCCCCGGGCGCGGGGCCGCCCCGGGGCCCGGGGGCCGGCCCCCGGGGCCGGGGCCCGGCCCCGGGGCCGGGCCCCCCCGGCUCGGGGCCCCCCGGCCGGCCGCCCCCUCGGGGCGGCCCCCGGGGCGCGGGCCGGCCCCCUCCCCCCGGGCCCCCGGCCGGGGCCGCCCCCCGGGGGCCCGGCCCCGGGGCGGGGGGCCGGCCCCGGGGCUCCCCCCCCGGCCCCCCCCGGGCGCGGGCCCGGGCCCCGGGCUGGGGGCCGGCCCCCGGGGCCGGGGCCGGCCCCGGGCUCGGGCCCCCCGGGGGGGGGCCGGGCCCCGGGCCGGGCCCCCCGGGGGGGGGGCCGCCCCGGUGGGGCCGGGCCCCGGGCCCCCGGGCCCCCCGGGCGCGGGCCCGGGCCCCCGGGUGGGGGCCCCCCGGGGUCGGGGCCGGGCCCGGGGCGCGGGGCCGGGCCCCGGGGUGGGGCCCCCGGGGCUCGGGGCCCCCCGGGUCGGGGCCCCCCCGGGGUCGGGCCCGGGCCCCGGGGCGGGGCCGGCCCCCUCGGGGCCCCCCGGGGCUCGGGGCCCCCCGGCUGGGGCCGCCCCUUGGGGGCCCCCGGGGCCCCCUCCCCCCCGGGCUCGGGGCCCGGCCCCGGGCUCGGGGCCCCCCGGGCCGGGGCCGGGCCCCGGCCCGGGCCCCGCGGGGGCCCCCCCGGGCCGGGCCGCCCGGGGGUGGGGCCCCCCGGGCCGGCCGGCCCCGGGCCCCGGCCCCGGGCUGGGGCCGGGCCCCCGGGGCUGGGGCCGGGGCCCCGCUGGGGCCGGCCCCGGGCUGGGGGCCGGCCCCUGUGGGGGCCCGGGCUCUUGGCCUCCCCGCGCUUCCCCGGCGCGGGCCGGCCCCGGGCUCGGGGCCGCCCCGGUUUGCCGGGCCCCCCCGGGGCCGGCCCCCCGGGCCCCCCCGGGGGGGGGGGGCCCGGGCCCCCGGGCGGGGCCCCGCCCCUGCCGGGGCCCCCCCCGUUUGCCGCCCCCUCACCCCUUUUAACCUUGCCACCCCCGGCCCAACCCCUUCCGCAAAUUACUGAAGUAAACCCCUACUGCUCCCCCCCAUCUUCCGCCUGGGCCUCGAAACCUCCCCGGGGUCUCAGCUGA